GCAGUGACAGCUGAAGGCGGAAGCGCCGGCGAUGGCGGACGAAACUCUGUUCCAGUUGCUUCACACAGAAGUGGUGGCGGCCGCGUAUGGUGGGGGCCGGGGUUCGGGAGACGAGGGACAGAGGAGAGGUUUGACGGUCCUAGAGAGCAUGGGCUUCCGUGUGGGCCAGGGCCUGGCGGAGAGGCUGCCCCGAGGGGCCCUGGCCUUCAGGGAGGAGCUGGACACCAUCAAGUUCCUGUGCAGAGACCUGUGGGGGGCUGUGUUCCGGAAGCAGAUGGACAACCUCAGGACCAACCACCAGGGCACCUAUGUCCUGCAGGAUAACAACUUUCCCCUCCUGACGCAGAUGGCCUGGGGACAGCAGUACCUGGAGGAAGCUCCCAAGUUUCUCGCCUUCACCUGCGGCCUUCUCCGGGGCACCCUCAGCGCCCUGGGCAUCGAGAGCUCGGUCACAGCCAGCGUGGCCUCCCUGCCUGCCUGUAAGUUCCAGGUGGUGAUUCAGAAGGCUUGAAAGGCCGCAGGCCCAAGUGCUGGCCCUUCCUCAUCUCCUGAGGCAGGUUGUCGAUCCCAGCCCAGGGCCCAGAGAGGGGGAUUGGGGCCAGCUGGGGGACACAGCUUUCCGCAAUCAUUCCUUCAUUCCUCGUGGAAAGUUACAGAGCGUUUUACAUGGAUUCACGAGGACCCCCAGAUUAUCCAGGGCAACCUGAUGGCUGCCAUCAUACACCUGACAAGACCGAGGUUCACAGAGCAUGUUCGGUGGCUUUCUCCCCCCGGGGGCCGCAGAGCUUUGAGGACCCAUCAUGAGGCUCAGAGUAUUUCUGAGCUGGGGGGCCUCGGCUCCAGCCUGGGCAGGAGGUUGUGAGCUCCCCACCUGGGAGGCCCUGCUCCCCUCUGGGACAGUUCUGGGCUUUAGGGAGGGGUCUUCUCGGGCCCUUGCUUCUUGUCGCAGCCCCAGGGCCCAAGUGGAACAAGCCCAGGGCCGGGAGGCCAUGCAGUCGUCCGCCCUGACCUCCCAGCCCGUCUUUUCCAGGCUGGUUUUCCCCAGGCCGUUGUGACUGUCCUGCUCCCCAUCUUCUGUUCGGGCCCCUCUCUCUCCGUGGCUUUCCCAACACAGGCCCAGUGCUGCCAGGGUUUAGGCCAGGCAGGUUUGGUGGGCACGGAGUGGGCCAGGAUGGAGAGGGUGAGGGCCGAGGGCUCAGCGAGUCACAGCAUCGGAGGAGACCACCCAGGGAGCUCGGAGCCGUUGUGGGGUGGUGGCACUCAUGGGGUCCUGUGGUCACUAUCUCCUGCUCUUACAAUAAAGCCCGGCCCUGGGCCCCGUGA